UACCCCGGGUAUUUUAUCCGGCCAGAAGCAAAGAUCUCGGAACUACGACUAUGAAUCUGUCAUGAAGUGGUUUGGAGAAAGAGCGGAUGUAAGUUACAUUCUCGUCUGAUAUCAGAAUAACGCAAUGUUUCUGUUUGUGGAUUAGUUUUUCUUGUUACUUCUUUCCAUCUCACGUCGUGCUACUAUCGGUUGUAACUUCGUGCAGCUUGUCAUCAUCAUGUUUGAUGCACACAAAUUAGAUAUUUCCGAUGAGUUAAAGGGGGUCAUGCAAUUGUUCAUUCCGCACUUAGAUAAGAUACGUGUUGUUCUGAACAAAGCUGAUUCGAUCUCUACACAACAACUGAUGCGUGUCUAUGGGGCCCUGAUGUGGAGUUUGGGCAAGGUCAUGAAUACACCGGAAGUUUGUCGUGUGUUCAUGGGGAGUUUCUGGGACGCUCCCCUUCAAAACACCGAGCAAGCGGAACUUCUGCAACGAGAAGAGACAGAUCUUCUCAACGACAUCAUGAACCUACCGCAGCAGGCGGUCAUGCGAAGAAUCAACGAGUUGGUCAAGCGAGCACGAAGUGUCAAGGUUCACGCUUACAUCAUCCACUAUCUUCGCAAACAACUUCCCUACACUUGGGGAAAGAAAGAAAAACAAAAACGACUAAUUGCACGAUUAGAGUCAGAAUUUUCAGCGGCCGCUAGACGUUAUGGUCUACCAAAGGGAGACUUUCCAGAUCUCGAACCAUUUCGUCGAAAGCUUCUCGAAAUCAAGGACCUGAGUGAAUUCCCAAAAUUAGACAAGAAACUCGUUCGUGAAAUGGACAAGGUUUUUUCUGUCGAUAUACCCCUUCUAUUGGAAAAGGCAAGGGACCACAGAUAGUUCAAUCUUAAAAAAUACUGAUAAUCUUCAACGUUUGRUUUCGAUUCCCAAAAUUAGAUGUCUCACAAACAGAAUGAUUGUAGCAAUUUUCUUCUACGAAGAGAAGUAUCGAAAGUUUUGAUGUCGAAUAACCCCACACCAAUCUA